GCUUAGAAACCUCUUCGGUUGCUAGGAGAGCGCUCUCUAGAAGUGAAAUACAAUUGAGGCGGACUAGUUUCCCCCGAGUACAGAAGAACUUAUGGGCGAGAGAACACUUAGUAGCUCGCUUUAGAGCUAUUUUGGAACCGCCUGCGUACGGAAAUCGUGCGUACGGGUAACCGCUGGUCGCAACGCGCAGGCGCGGACGCAUUUUCUCCGUCAAGCUUUUUUUCCCGGGCUUCUGUGCCGUUCUAUGAAGACCCGGAUAUGGGUGGAUUUAAGUUUUCGCCACCAUAGACGAGAAAUCGGCAUUUCCCUUUACCGUUUCGUUCACCUUGUGACCUCGCAAGCUGUAAAAAUGCUACAAUCCUACGUAUGUUAACCUGAGAGUAAGUCUCACUGAAUCCAGCAGGAUUUGCCUCUGAGUAAACAUGCAGGGGAGUGCGCUGCGAUGCAGCCUAUUAAAUAUAUGCAUAAUAAAUGUUCGGCCGAGUUCUGUGCAUGCGUAUUGGAAAACUGCGUUCAGUGGGACUUUCUCUCUGAGGAAAGGAAGUCAAAACAUACUGUUUUACCAAUUUUACGCAAGCAAGCAGGCACACAAGCAAACCAUGGAACGUCGAAGCAGGAAGUGCAACAGCAACUCAGCAGCUGUGCAGAGAGAAUCACAGAAAGCUUUGAAAAGCAGUGCUUCAAAACUAGGGAACAGAAGAGCACUCUUGCAUGUGGCUGGAGGUCUGAUGCUCUGCGUGGGAGUUGUGGCUUCGGGAGUGUUUGAUGGCGUCCACACCGACAUUGGGUAUGAGCACUACGCAGAACCUACUGUGCCAGGAUUGCCCGCUGUCUUGGCUAUGCCUGCCAACUGCUUUGUCAACUUGGCCUACAUACUCUUGGGCUGGUACUGGUUACCUUCAGUUGACAAGGGCAGGCACACAUACUACCUUCAGGAGGUCUUUGCCCUCAUGGCCCUUGCAUAUGGGCCUGUGCAAUGGGUUCGGCUCUGGACACAGCAUCACUGGGCAGCCAUCUUGGAUCAGUGGGUGACACUGCCCAUUUUUGCUUGGACUGCCAUUUGGUGCCAUUUUCUGGAGCAUGGUUGGCAAACUGGCACCUUUCUGGCCAUGGAAAUGACUUCACUGGCAAGCUAUGUUUUGGCAUUGUUUCACCCCCAAGGUUUUGAGCUGGCAUUGACUAGCCAUAUACUUGUUGUUGUCUGGAGAGUGUUGAAAGUGCAGAGGUAUCUGGGCAAUGCCACUUCGUUCUGGAUCAUGGUACUGGGGAUGAUCUCUUGCCUGGGUUUUGUAAGUCUCAAACUGUGGGAUCAGGAACUGGCACAGUGGGUGCUCUUCCGCCGGCUAACUGGCCACUUUUGGUCCAAAAUCUGUGAUGUGCUGCAGUUCCAUUGUGCCUUUCUUUUCUUUACCCAAUUAAGCAAAUGCUCAGCAAGCUCAGUUAAUUAAUACAUAAGCUUCAUAAGCCACAGUUCAUAACCUUAUCAAAGGGCAAACUAUUGAUGUAAUAAUAGUAGGGGAUGUACUAUUUUCAGAUUGGGAAAAAAAAAAAAGCUGAUGAAAAAAAACUGCUGUGGUUUCUCUAAAAGUGCAAGGAGAUAUAGAGGUGUUAGUAAAGCACCUGCUUUCCUGCCCUAGCCCAAAGUCCCCUUUGCAGGUAUAUGCUGCUUUCACAAGAUUACACAUAAGGUAGAGAAGCAACUUAAGUACUUUCAAUUGAUCUGAAUGGUUGUGAUGAAAUAACAGGGAGGUGAUGGUCUUCAAAGGGUACCAAGGGUCAAAUACUGCUCUGAAGUUUCAGAAUUUCAGUUUCCCCCUUAGGAAGGAAACUGGCAGGAGCAAGAGAAUAAGCUAUUUCUUAUAGCACCUGUCCCCUUUUCUUUGUACUGUAAAGUUUGAACCACACAAUUUUUCUAGGAUGUAUUUCUAGUUCAUUUUUAAUCUCUCAUUCUGCAGUAGAGGGGACUGAACAACAGUAAUAAAGACAUCAUAGAUUUAUUUUGAAAAUACAUAGGAAAUCAAUAUUUCUACACUGGAGAUCAUUUACUGCUUCAGAUUUAAAAUCUAUAAUCAGCAAGUACUUCCAGACUCCAGAUGGAAUCUUAGGCUGAGAGAGAGUACAGACUUCAAAGUCCAAAGCAGCUCAUUUGAGCCUGUUUUGGAAAAGCAGUGGGAGGCCAGUACUAUAUUGUCAGUGUCUAUAUUGUCUGUUUCAUCUCCUUUCUAUUUACAACCAAUGAAUUUGAUGGGCUUUGGUUUUUUGAGGGCCCUUCAGUAAGACACCCUCCAUGGGCACCCUCCUUCAGUUAAUCUGCCUUGUAACCUGCUGCUAUGCUCUUCUCCUUGAUUGUCAUCACCUACCCAUUGCUUGUUUGGCAGGCAGAGAGCCAGCAAGAAAGCAGGUAGGGGCAUCUACUGUUCCUUCUCAUUACUUCUGGGAGACAGGUGAACAAGCAAACUGCAGCAGCAAAGAACUGGGACAACCCCUCCAAGCUCUUGUCAGUGGGCCCCUGAUGAGAGGCAGAUUCUCAGCAGAUGCCAGCCAUGCCUACUUUUUGUGCAGGCCCUGUUCACAUUCUUGGGGUAGCUCUGAAUGAUCAUGUUGUAAUGCUUGCUUGUUUGCUUUUCACAUUUUUAAGGAUCUAUUCCAGAUGCCUUUGACAUCUUUCACUUGAAUUCAGCCCUCUUUCCAAGUGACAAAUGCAAUUCCAGAGAAGUUCUUGGUGGACACACUUCAGUCGUAGGCGGGGCUUGAGUUGAAAAGGAUGGAACCAAAAAUACCAGUGUAUUUUAUUAUCAAUUAGUAAGCCUUGGGAGAAGCAUUUAUCCCAUUUAGAAUAGGAACAAAGCACACACAAAAACUGGGAAAGAACAAAAAUUGAUGGUGGAAGUGGCCGUGGUCAUCUGGAGAAACUUGUAGGGCCAUACUAGAACCCCAAAGGUGUUGCAUUGGCCCCUGGGCCUGAGGUUCCCCAUCCCCGAUCUAUUAUGUCAAGAAGCAGCAAUUGUGAUUCACACCUCUAACCUUGGGACUAGGUCAUUGCAAUCUGUUCUAGCAGGGCUAUCCUUGAUAACAGUUUGAUUUUCACCCUUUUCUACUUAUCCCCAACAGGAACUCAUCCUUUUAUUUGGCACUGCACAUUGAGUUAUCUGCUGCCCUGUUCACCAAAGCUUUCGGGAAAGGUGGUAUACAGACUCCAAAACUCUGUAUUGUAGUGACCAAUUAACCUCUUUUUGACACUCAUAUUUGUAUGCCAUGGUCCAACUCCAAGGGCACACAGAUGUUCUACUUCUGUGGGACAACUGGGAAGAGGUCAUGUUAUAAGUACUUGCUUUUCAUGCACUACCACCUUCCCUUCAAUCAAAAUAUCCUGCAAUCAUCACUAUCUUAUCUGAAUUCAAAUUCUGAUUAGCUUAUUUGCAUCCAACCCCUACCAUGGCCACAUAGUAAAUGAGUAAAGAACCUAGAUUUUAAGAAGGAAAUGAGAUGGAUUAGAAGCCAGUCAAAGGCACAGAAAUAAGAGAGAGUUCACCAGUUUUUUGGGCCUGUUACAAUUUAGAAGUCCUCUAGAAGAAUUCCUACUAUGUUCUGCAGAGGAGUCACCAUGUCUUCAUAAACAGGAUCAGACCAGAUAGGAAAGUCUAUCAGGAAUAGUUUAGUGCGAUUGCCUUUCACUUGCAAGGAAAAGGCAACCAAGCUGAGGGUAGUCUCUCCAUAUCAGAGAGAAGAGGCUGCCAUUUGGUUUUUCUGAUUCAGCCACCGAAAUGUCCCAGGGUGUCAGCUCUCCCUACAUGCAGGCGAGGUGAUGCUAGCUCAGGGACGCUCUGGAACUCCCACUUUCUGUUUAUACAGCCAUUCAGACAAGAACCAUAAGUGCCUGCUUGGCAUGCAGAGGGUCCCUGGUGCAAUUCCUGGCAUCUCCAGGAAGGGCACGGAAAAUGCUUCUGAAUCUACCUCUGGUCAACAUAAAUGAAACUAGAUGGGCAAAUAGUCUGUCUCGGCAUAAGACAGCUUGCUUAAGUAUACUGACUGAAAAAAUACUCACAUUUCUGACUGAACACUACUAGGUAGACUAUUCCAUAAGGAUCGCAGGCCCCCGUGCUCUAAAAAUGACCCACUUUCAAGACAAGGCAGCUCUACCCCAGCUUGGCCUCCCAUUUGGGCCUUGUGCAAAUACUACUGGCUCCCUAAGCCCUGAACAAUUUGUGAACCAGCCUCAGGGAUGUGCACCUUUUCCUUUUCUCAGUCUCUUCUUCAACACAAUUUCUUUUCCCUUCUCAGUGCUAACCCUGGUUUUGCAUUAACACUGGUUAUCACUUAGCAUUUACCAUGCUAUUUCAGCUUUAUUUCAAACCAUGAUUUCAAAAGCUAGUCCGUUUUGACCUCAGUGAACAAAACUGCCUUGGGCACCAUUUGUGGAAAGGUAGGAUGCAAAUAAAAUGAUGGUUAAUAUUUGGAAGGAGAAGGAAAGAAGAUUUAAACGUUAAAGAAAGCCACUGUGGUGUAGGCAGUAGCCAUAAUGCUCACUUAGUGACUUUGGGCCAGCCAGACUCCCAGCCUAAGAGCCUGAGGUCCGAGGAGGAUUAUGUGUGUUGCCUCACUGAUCUUGCAAGAGGCAAAAACAAAGAGGUAGAAAUGUAAAAAUAAAGUCAUCCUGUUCCUUGUAUAACUGGGUGGGUACUGGAGCUUAAAUCUCCUGAGGCCCAAUCCAGCUCUCUAACUACUCUGCCACCUUGGCUCUCGGCCUAGGGAGGGCCCUGAGUGAUCAGGGCUGGUUCUUCUCCACUGUUCAUCUCCUAUAGUGGGGAAAUAUAAAGA